AUGGAUGAGAGCAAGCAGGAGGAGGGAUUAGGAUACGAGCUCUUCCCGGAGAGGAGCAGCGGGAGGAGCAGGAAGGGAGCCAUCAGGGAGAGCCUGUUCACUUUCAGCCAUAAGUGUCAGGUCAUGUUAACGUUCGCCAUGGAAACCAGUCCUUAUGCUAAACUGCUGCUUGGAGCCAUGAAGAGCUCAGGAUGCAAAGUGCUUAAAGACAGACAUUUCUCCUGUGAGGACUGCGACGGGACGGUCAGCGGCGGCUUCGAUGCAGCCUCCUCUCAGAUUGUUUUGUGCCAGAACAACAUCCACCAGCAGUCCCACAUGAACCGGGUGGUGACCCAUGAGCUGAUCCACGCCUUCGACCACUGCCGGGCCCAUGUGGACUGGUUCAACAACUACAGACAUCUGGCUUGUUCUGAGAUCCGAGCGGCUAACCUCAGCGGCGACUGCUCCUUCAGCAACGAAGUCGCCAGAUUCAACUUCGGCUUAAAGGAGCAUCAGCAGGAGUGCGUCCGCGGUCGGGCCGUUCGCUCAAUCCUGGCUGUGAGAAAAAUCAGCCGAGAGGAGGCAGAGAAAAUCGUGGACGAAGUCUUCGACUCCUGCUUUAACGAUCACGCCCCUUUCGGACGGAUCCCGCACGUCAACACGGACGCCAAGUUCGCUUACAGGGAGUACGCCAACAGGGACCGAUACUACGCCAACCUGUAGCUGUGGGCGCCUCGGUCUGUACGGAGUUAAAAACAAUCCGUCCCGCUGGAGGGGAAGUAGGGAAGCCAUUUUCACACACUGGCUGCACCGCAUCAGCUGAUCGGGACAUUUGCUUCGAUCCUCGCAGCACACCAUUGCACGCAGAGAAGCGUGGGAGUUAGAGCUGCCAUGACUGAUUCUACAGGUCAUGUUUGAAACGAGCCAGAGAGAAUAAAAAAAAAAA